AUGCUGCCUUCCCUGGGCCUCCCCAGACUGUCCUGGAUGCUGCUCUCCUGCCUGAUGCUCCUGUCUCAGGUCCAAGGAGUAGAUUCCCAGAUGGAACUGCGCUCUGAAAGGAUCAGCUGUCCCAGAGGUUCCACAGCCUAUGGGUCCUCCUGCUAUGUCUUGUAUACUGUAUCCAGAAGCUGGAUGGAUGCAAAUAUUGCCUGCCAGAGGAGACACUCAGGACAUCUUGCGUCUGUGCUCAGUGGGACUGAGGGAUCCUUCCUGGCCUCCUUGGUUAGGAAUAACUUGAGAACCCAAUCAAAUGUCUGGAUUGGGCUCCAUGACCCCACAGAGGGCUUUGAGCCCAAUGCUGGCGGAUGGGAAUGGAGUAGCACUGAUGUGCUCAAUUAUUUUGCCUGGGAGAGAAAUCCUGCCACUGUCUCAAGCCCUGAUCAUUGUGGAAUCCUGUCCAGAACAUCAGGAUAUCUGAAAUGGAAAGAUUAUAACUGUAAUAUGAACUUACCCUAUAUCUGCAAGUUCAAGGGCUAG